CUUACACGCAAAUUGCACGUAUUUGUAUUGUGCCCGUAAAGACUAUUUCGACAGACACAGACUUCUCUGGAGGUCGCUGCCUCCGCUUGUCAAUAAUAACUGAUACGGCUUUGGCUACAUCAUAAAGCAAGACGUCUCAGGGACGCGUCUUUUGAGCAGACCUUAAAGGCCGAAGCUUCAGCGCCGCACGGAACAGCUUGCGAGCACAGGCACAGACAGCCAGUUGCAAGUAGGGCUCAGUGUGGCUGGGUCUGGACCGACCGACGCUUACAAACCCUCGCGGCGUGCCAAGGCCCUGUCUCCUGCCUCUCUGCCUCCUAGACCCCUUCGCAAACCUCGCCUGAGGGGCCACUCCCUCCAAACAGCCCGCAAGCUGGAGAAGAACUAGGGAUUCCCGAUGUCCUGGGGCGGGCAGACGGGAAGUAGCAAGAAGAAUGACGGGUUCAGCUCGCUCACGAAGGAGACUCAGCAGCUGCUUCAGGGCGUGGCCAAGGACAGGGGCCUGUCGCAUCGUGCCAUGCAGGACAUGGCUAGCAGUGUGCAACGCGGCGACGCUGCCUGGGUGAACCACCUCAGCUCGGGAACAGCCGCGUUCCAGGCGCCCAAGAGCAAAACUGCACCACUCGUCAAGGCGCCCAAAGUGGGCGCUGCCGGUGGCUCUGGGCCUGCACUGGCGCCUCCAUUGCCGGGCCGCUUUAGCGGAAAGAAGAUGCACGGUGAGAUCCUUCGGGACACGCCCUACGAGAGGGACCUGUUUGUUGGCGGCGCACCCGUGACUGACCGUGAGGCGGAGAAGGACCGCCUCAGCAAACUGAUGGAGCUGGGCGCCAAGGGAGCUGCGGAGAUGGAUGCACGCAUGGCGGCGAUGAGGAAGGAAGCCAAGGAGCGGGCGGCGAAGGCGGCGCGGGUCGACGUCAAGGAGGCUAAGAUUGACCAGAUUGUGGAUGAAAUCCAAGAGCGGCUUACGUUCCUGGAGAGCAUGAAGGGCCUGGGCCGGGGGGCAGAGUACGAGCGCCAGAUCCGGACGGAAGUGGCGGUGCGGCUCAAAGAGUUGGAGAAGCUGGGCGUGCCCAUCAAGUAACGGGAUUGACCUGGCAGGAAAUGGUGCAUGCGCUGACUGAACCCCGGGGGGGGGAUGAGUUACUGUGCGAUCAGCACUCAAAUUCCUAAUGAUAGGAGCUACUGCACUCCCCAUGGGAGUGGGCGCUUUCCCUUAGCAAUACAAUGAUUAGCAAGGCCAAUUGAUCGCAAAUAGGAGUCGGCCCAAAACCAGCCGGAGCGAGAAGCGACUUCGCGAGUCGGCGACUGCGGCGGUGGUGCAGGGCCUGGCCGCUGCAGCGGCGGCGCAGGGCCUGGGCCUAGCCGUGGCGGCGUGCAUGUGCGUAGCAGAGGGGGCAGGCAAGGCCAAGCGGAGGAGGAGAGCGCGGCGCCGCCCGACAAGCGGCGCCGGUGCGCAUAUUGAGACCUGCCGGUGUCUGGUUUGCGGUCUUUGCUGGCGAGCAUAGCAUGGCACGGUGUGUAGUAGGCCGCAGCAUCGAAGAGUGUUGUGGCUAGAGGGUUUCCUGCUGUUUGGUUUGUUGCCGUCUGUGCUUGUGCUUGGCAGCGGGACGUCGUCCAGCCCAGCCAUCCCAAUACAGCAGCCGCUUUCUGUCAGCCAGCCAUGGGCGCGGCCGUCCACAGCGUUUACCGUCGGUUACGAGGUAACAUGUGAAUUCGCAACUUGCGCUACUGACUGCCUACUCUCGUGCCGCCUGCAAGCCCACUCCGCCGUCCGCUCUGGUCUACGUACGCAUUCGUUUCCACCACACUCGUCAUUAUUAGGAAGGCAACAGCAACGAUGUGAUGGCGAGGGAGUAUGGCUGAUGGGAUGCGGAUGGAUGUGUGUUGCAACUGGCUGUGCUUGGCCCCUGGACCGAUGCCUGGCGGUGCCUGCUCAAACUACCCUCCAGUCGGCGUCACCCCACAGCUAUUGACGAGUGUUGCGGUACUAAUGCGUACGUAGACCAGAGCGGAAGGCGGAGUGGGCUUGCAGGCGGCAGCUACUUCCGCAACCGCACCCGGCACCCGUGCUCCCGGAGAGGUGCUUCCGUAUCAGGGAGCACCCCUGUACCGUGUUCUAGCCGCCACAUGAUGAUGAACAAAGCUCAGGGUUUCGUGCUAGGUUACCCGCCGCAUGCAACCAUGCUGCGCAUUGAGCCCAAGCAGGGAACCCAAGCUUGAGCCCAAGGUUGGCCAUGGCGUCCGCAAAGUAAACAUCCGGCCCGAUACUGGGGGGCCCGCACUGUCACCUACCGAGUCGGCCUUCAGUAUAUGUAUGCGACAACACAAGAAGGGACAGUCUGACCAAGGAAGGGUGCCCAGCACCCUGGCCCUCAGCUCGUGCCUCAGCUCAGUAUAUGCUCCUCUCCGGGCGGCCAGGCAGUGCCACUGGUGCUCAAUUUGAGAGUUGCUUUGAGCGUUGCCUGUGGAUCAGGGCUCGACAAAGGCUGGGCUACGGCACCUGGACAACUGAAGCGCGUCUUGGCACAGCAUGGCGUGGCACAGGCCAACGCGACGUUCGAGUGCAAGUUCCCACCAAGAGCCCUCGCAUUAGCCAUCUUCAAACAACCGCAUGAAUAUCAACCUGCAUUAGCUCCGCGUUUGCAAGAAUUACUUCACCCACCACUGAGCGUCCGUCACCCACCACUGCCACAGUCACUAGCGGACCGCCAUGCGAUCCAUGGGGCGUGCCCCUAAGGAAGUCAAGUGACAGGGAACGCAACCUGACGCAACGUACGGUGUUAUAGUGCUGGGCAUGAGAGCAGGCGUGUGCAAGUAGUGACCCUUCGUCAGGGCGUGGCGUAGCGUGGCGUAGAGCUGAGGUGAAAGGAGGCUGGUAUAGGAAUGGCGACUGAAGUCUGAGCAUGAUGAUAUGGAGUGCCAGAGUCGUAACAUACGUUGGAUCAAAGGUAUUGGGGAUGCUGGCAUGCGCACAACGUUGGGGGGGGGGGGGUCGGGGCUGUGCGUCGGACGGUUGGACGUCGCAUGGUCAUGAAGUUGCGGCAAAGCCCUAAACGUUUUGCAAAUGUAAUGAUAACAGAAU